AUGUGCCGUGUCGAGCCAGCCGGCCGCACCUUUCCACGGGGCGCGCCGGCCAGGGCCGGCAGCCCGGCCGAAGCCUCCCAGUCCCCACACACUGGCAACCCUGGCCAGCAAACCUGGCCCGGCCCGGGGGCCCGGAGUGUUUCCGGGACCCCGAGCGGCCGGUCGGGCGUGCAUGCCUGGGCUUGGGGUUGGGGUGAGGGGUGCGGAGGUCUCGGCGCCCUCCCGCCCUGGGCCUCUCCAGGCCCGCCCCCUGUCAGCGCCCCCCCCCCCCGCCCACUCCCGUUCGUGGCUCAGGGCCACGUGGCCCCGGAGGUGUCUGAUUCGGGCCCGCCGCGGACCGCGGCCCUCGGUCCUCUGAGCCUCCCUCGGGCAUAG